AUGGCGAUCAACGACGACAACCGGUGCUGCCUGGCGUUCGCGGGGGACGACGGCGCCGAGGGCGCGACGGCCAUCGAGGACCUGCCCGCGGACGUCCUGGCGCUCGUGCUCCGCCGCCUGGACGGCGCGUCGCUGGCCGCGCUCGGCUGCACGUCCGCCGCCUUCCGCGACCUCGCCGCCGACCCGGCCGCCUGGCGCGCGCUCUGCCUCGCGCUCUGGCCCUCUCUCCGCGACGUGCCCCCCGUCACAGCUGCCGGCAAGGCCCACCACCACCGGCGGCUCUUCGCCGACGCGUUCCCGUUCCCCGCCGUGCCGGUCGCAGCACUGCCACAGCCACCGACGCCCGCCGCCGCCGCCCCGCUCAGCAGCCUGCAGCUGCCCGCGCGCCUCGUCUCCGCCGUCGACCUCCGCCAGGGCGGCGCGUGCGUGAUGUCCCGCGCCGUGGAGACUGACGCGUCCUCGGCCUGGUUCCUGGGCGCGCCGUUCCGCGUCGACGCGCUCGCGCAGGAGGGCUUCACGUUGCCGGCGGCGCCCAUCGUCCCCGCCGAGCUCGAGCUCAGCUGGGUCCUCAUCGACCCAGCGUCCGGCCGCGCCGUCAACGCCUCCAGCCGCCGCCCCGUGUCCGUGGACCGGCGGUGGCUCACGGGGGAGACCGUGGUGCGGUUCGCGCUCGUGCUCGGCGUCAGCGGCGGAGGCGUCGUGCUGGACGCCGCCGUCACGUGCGACGAGCGGUACGGCCACGUCAGGGAGGUCAGCCUGUGCGUGGAGGACGCCGAGGGCGGCGGCGUCAGCGGACGGGAUGGGCUGGCCGUGGUGGCCGCGGCCAUGGCGGGCGCCAGGCGGGGACGUGGCGCUGAAGAAGAGGCCAAGCUGCGGUACCAAGAGUUCGUGAAGGGGAGGGCCGACAGGAAGGAGCGGAAGGCCAGGCGGGAGGGCAUCAUCGACCUCUGCUGCUCCGGCGUCGGAGCGGCGGCUUUCCUGGGGUUCCUGGUGAUGCUGACGGCCUGA